UUUAUAUUAGUAGUCGCUUUUUAUUAUAACUAGUUUGCUUACGCAUAAUUAUUGGGCAUUAAUGGAUACUCCUAAGAUAUUUAGUGACAAUGAUUUUGUAUUUGCAAAAAUGUCUGGUUAUCCCCCGUGGCCAGCAAUAGUGAUGACUCCCAAUAAAUAUGCCCCUCUAAGACCUAGAAAUAGUGAAUGGAUAUACUUUUGUGGAUCACAUAAUUACGCAUGGAUUGCACAAAAAUGUAUUAAACCAUAUAAACUUCACAAAGACUCAUAUCGUAAUAAUGGGACUUAUAAAAAAGCUGAAUAUAAAGAAGCUUUUACUGAAAUGGACAAUAUUAUAGAGAACAUUAAAAAUAAUCCUGAUUAUGAAAUCAAGAUUAUUGAGUAUAUACCUAAGGGAAAAAGAGUGACCCAAAAUUAUUCAAGAAAAUCUACUGACAGUGUCACAUUAGGAACACCCAAGAGAAAAUUAGCUUUAAAAGAGAAAAAUAAUACAGUACCAAAGAAAAAAUCGAGAUCUUCAAUUUCUUCUAACAUUGACAAUAGUCUGGAUUUUUUACCACCGUCUUCCGAGGAUUUAUCAAACAAAGAACUAAAUACUGCAGAUAUAAAAACAUCUAAAAAGAAAUUUGGUAUUUGGGCAGCUAACAUUUAUGCUGGAGGCAUUAUACAGAACCUCAUAAAAUCCGGUCAUGCCUUGAAUAUUUGGAGUUAUAGUUUGACACUUUGUGAAGAAUUAGAAGAAUUUGCCAAGAGACAACAAUCUCAUUUAGAAAUAUUUAGUUCACCUUUAGAAGUGGUGAAAAAUUCAGAUAUAAUAAUCAGUUUAUUAUCUGAUCCAGAUCAACCGAAAUUGAUGAUUCAAGAAAUGCUUAAAGAUAAUCUGAAUUUGAAUUUUUUGAAAGGCAAGGGAUAUGUGGAGAUGACCAGUGUGGACCCAGAGAGAUCUAGAGAUCUCUCUGAAAUUAUUACUAAUAGGGGCGGCAUCUAUUUGGAAGCUAUGGUACAGGGGUGUCGCGAAGGGGCUAUGAAAGGUGAACUUAUGGUGUUGUUGGCAGGAUCAAAAGAUUUAUUUAAUGACUGUCUGUCAUGUUUUAAAGCAAUGGCAAAGGCUACAUUUCUAUUAGGUGAUGAUAAAAGUCUGGGUGCUGCUUGUAAGAUUCACUUAAUAUUGCAAAUAAUGAGAGGAAUUUUCCUUACGGGCGUUACAGAAGGUUUUGCUAUGGCUGACAAAUGCGGCAUUAAAGUAGGCAGUUUUAAUAAAGUUUUUAAAAAUAUAGACUUGGCCAGUGAUUAUUUAAAAGGCAAAGUAGAUAUGAUAAUGAAUGGAAAAUAUACGCCAAAUGAACCUCUGCAACAAUUACAAAAGGACUUGGCAUUAGGAUUAGAAAUGUCAAAUAUCUACAGACAACCCAUGCCCUUGGCCUCAAAUGCCAAUGAGAUUUUAAAACAUGCCCGUAGAUUAGGUUAUGAUAACCAGGAUGCUUCUUGUAUAUACAAUCGUACAAGAUAUUGAAUGUCAAAAUGAAGUUCAAAAAAAAUUAAUUAAUUUUAUCAAGUACUUGAAAUCAAUUUAAAAAAUACAUAUAAUCAUCAAUUUAUUUAAAAACCAGAUAUUGUCCAAAUUUUUGGGUGCCUUGGUUUUUUUCUUAGUUUUUAUAUAACUAGUUUAAAGUAAUUAAUGUAAUUCUUUUAAAAGUAUUGUUUUCCAAAAUAAGAAAUAUACUACUAUAUAGCAAGA